AUGUUUUCGGGAUUUGGAGGGUUUGGUGAAUUUCAGUCCGGCUUCGUGAACGUUCCUCAGAAGUUUGAAGAUUACUUCCGAUGUUAUCCCAUAGCAAUGAUGAAUGACCGUAUACGCAAAGAUGACGCAAACUUCGGCGGGAAGAUAUUUCUGCCGCCAAGCGCGCUGAAUAAAUUGACUAUGCUGAGUGUCAGAUAUCCUAUGCUUUUCCAAUUGACCGUUCCGGAAACUUCAAAAGUCACUCAUGGUGGUGUAUUGGAGUUUACCGCCGAGGAGGGGCGCGUUUACCUGCCACAGUGGAUGAUGGAAACGCUAGGAGUCAAUCCUGGGUCAUUGCUGCAGAUCGCAUCGACGGACAUUCCACUGGGGCGUUAUGUGAAAAUAGAACCUCAAUCUGUAGAAUUUCUCGACAUAUCUGACCCCAAGGCAGUACUGGAGAAUGUUUUUCGUAGGUUCUCAACCUUGAGUGUGGAUGACAUUAUCGAGAUCAACUAUAACAAUAAAAUUUACCGAAUCAAGGUGCUUCAAGUUAAACCAGAAUCUGAAGCCAACAGUAUUUGUGUGAUAGAAACAGACUUGGCUACCGAUUUUGCUCCACCGGUUGGAUAUGUGGAACCUGACUAUAAAGCCUUAAAGCAAAAAAAAAGCCAACAGGCAAAAUUUGAUCCUUCGGUGAAAGGCCUGGGGCCGAUGUCACGGCGAAUAGAUUAUGCGGCAAGUGUCAAUGCAGGCGCAGAAAACAAGAAGGCUUUCGAAGGAGAAGGACAGAGUUUAACUGGCAAAAUAAGCAGCAACACGCAAGACAAACCCGAAGAAAUAGAUUUACAAGAAUUGAAGCUAGAUUUGGAUGGUCAGCCAGCUCCCUUAAAUUUACCAGACGGUACCCUAUUUUUUGGUUUUCCCCUGGUAGUUCCCAAGAAAGACGACGAACAGCCAGAUCAAGUUCAAUCUAGUGUUCACUUUAAAGGUGCAGGUCAAAGCCUAAGACAAAGCAAUAACAAAAGGCGUGCUAAAAAGGAUCACAUCAGCCCUAAAGCAAAAGCCCCCAGAAGUCCGGAAGUGAUUGAAAUAGAUUAA